CCCGAGAGCCCCCGCCGGGCCCCCUCCCCGCCCCGCGCCCCGCUCGCCUCCCGCCCGCCCCCGCCGCCGCUCCGCGCCUCCCUCCGCCUCUCCUUCCCCCAUUCUCCCGGAUUAAUUAAGGAGGCAGCGGCAGGAGGCUGAGUCCUGGCCGCGGGCCGGGGCCGGGGCGCCGCUGGCAGGAGCGCUUGAGGAUCCUCCAAGGCGACCAUGGCCUUGCUGGGAAAGCGCUGUGACAUCCCCGCCAACGGCUGCGGGCCUGACCGCUGGACCUCCGCCUUCGCCCGCAAAGACGAGAUCAUCACCAGCCUCGUGUCUGCCUUAGAUUCCAUGUGCUCAGCGCUCUCCAAGCUGAACGCCGAGGUGGCCUGCGUCGCUGUGCAUGAUGAGAGCGCCUUUGUGGUCGGCACCGAGAAGGGGAGAAUGUUCCUGAACGCACGCAAGGAGCUGCAGUCAGACUUCCUCAGGUUCUGCCGAGGGCCCCCGUGGAAGGAGCCGGAGGCAGAGCACCCCAAGAAGGUGCCACGGGGUGAGGGUGGCGGCCGGAACGUCCCACGGUCUGCCCUGGAACAUGGCUCGGACGUGUACCUUCUGCGGAAGAUGGUAGAGGAGGUGUUUGAUGUUCUUUAUAGUGAGGCCCUGGGCAGGGCCAGCGUGGUGCCGCUGCCCUACGAGCGGCUGCUCCGGGAGCCGGGGCUGCUGGCCGUGCAGGGGCUGCCCGAGGGCCUGGCCUUCCGGAGGCCGGCUGACUACGACCCCAAGGCCCUCAUGGCCAUCCUGGAGCACAGCCACCGGAUCCGCUUCAAGCUCAAGAGGCCGCUCGAGGAUGGCGGACGGGACUCGAAGGCCCUGGUGGAGCUGAAUGGCGUCUCUCUGCUAGCCAAGGGGGCUCGGGACUGUGGCCUGCACGGCCAGACCCCCAAGGGGCCACCCCAGGACCUGCCUCCCCCUGCCACCUCCUCGUCCGUGGCCAGCUUUCUGUACAGCACGGCCCUCCCCAACCACGCAGUGCGGGAGCUCAAGCAAGAGGCGCCCGCCUGCCCGCUCGGCCCCGGUGACCUGGGCCUCGGCCGGCCCGGGCCGGAGCCCAAGGCCCCCGCUGCCCAGGACUUCCCGGACUGCUGUGGACAGAAGCCCACUGGUCCUGGCGGUCCUCUCAUUCAGAAUGUGCAUGCCUCUAAGCGGAUCCUCUUCUCCAUCGUCCACGACAAGUCAGAGAAAUGGGACGCCUUCAUAAAGGAAACCGAGGACAUCAACACUCUGCGGGAGUGCGUGCAGAUCCUGUUUAACAGCAGAUAUGCGGAAGCCCUGGGCCUGGACCACAUGGUCCCCGUCCCCUACAGGAAGAUCGCUUGCGACCCGGAGGCCGUGGAGAUCGUGGGCAUCCCAGACAAGAUCCCCUUCAAGCGCCCCUGCACCUACGGAGUACCCAAGCUGAAGCGGAUCCUGGAGGAGCGGCACAGCAUCCACUUUGUCAUUAAGAGGAUGUUCGACGAGCGAAUUUUCACAGGGAACAAGUUUACCAAAGACCCCACGAAGCUGGAGCCAGCCAGCCCGCCAGAGGACGCCUCUCCGGAGGUGGCCCGUGCUGCCGUCCUGGAUCUGGCUGGGACCACCCGGUCAGACAAGAGCAGUCUCUCCGAAGACUGCGGGCCAGGAACCUCCGGGGAGCUGGGUGGGUUGAGACCCAUCAAAAUUGAGCCAGAGGAUCCGGAUAUCAUCCAGGUCACCGUCCCAGACCCUUCCCCAGCCUCUGAGGAAAUGACAGACUCGAUGCCUGGACAUCUGCCCUCAGAAGAUUCUGGUUACGGGAUGGAGAUGCUGACUGACAAAGGCGCCGGCGAGGACCCUCGGCCCGAGGAAAGGCCAGUGGAGGACAGUCACGGCGAUGUGAUCCGGCCUCUGCGGAAGCAGGUGGAACUGCUUUUCAACACGCGAUACGCCAAGGCCAUUGGCAUCUCGGAGCCUGUCAAGGUGCCCUACUCCAAGUUCCUGAUGUACCCAGAGGAGCUGUUUGUGGUGGGGCUGCCUGAAGGCAUCUCCCUCCGCAGGCCCAACUGCUUUGGGAUCGCCAAGCUCCGGAAGAUCCUGGAAGCCAGCAACAGCAUCCAGUUUGUCAUCAAGAGGCCUGAGCUGCUCACGGAAGGAGUCAAAGAGCCCCUUGCGGACAGCCAAGAGAGGGAUUCCGGGGACCCUCUUGUGGACGAGAGCCUGAAGAGACAGGGCUUUCAAGAAAAUUAUGACGCCAGACUCUCACGGAUCGACAUUGCCAACACACUGAGGGAGCAAGUUCAGGAUCUGUUCAAUAAGAAAUAUGGGGAGGCCUUGGGUAUCAAGUACCCAGUCCAGGUGCCCUACAAGCGGAUCAAGAGUAACCCUGGCUCGGUCAUCAUCGAGGGGCUGCCCCCGGGGAUCCCGUUCCGAAAGCCCUGCACCUUUGGCUCCCAGAACCUGGAGAGGAUCCUCGCGGUGGCUGACAAGAUCAAGUUCACCGUCACCAGGCCUUUCCAAGGACUCAUCCCGAAGCCUGACGAAGAUGAUGCCAACAGGCUCGGGGAGAAGGUGAUCCUCCGGGAGCAGGUGAAGGAGCUCUUCAACGAGAAAUACGGCGAGGCUCUGGGCCUGAACCGGCCCGUGCUGGUCCCUUACAAACUGAUCCGGGACAGCCCAGACGCCGUUGAGGUCACGGGCCUGCCUGAUGACAUCCCUUUCCGGAACCCCAACACAUACGACAUCCACCGGCUGGAGAAGAUCCUGAAGGCCCGCGAGCAUGUCCGCAUGGUCAUCAUCAACCAGCUCCAACCUUUUGCAGAAAUCUGUAGUGAUGCCAAGGUGCCAGCCAAAGACAGCAGCAUUCCCAAGCGCAAGAGAAAGCGGGUCUCCGAAGGGAACUCCGUCUCCUCCUCCUCCUCCUCGUCUUCCUCUUCUUCCUCCUCUAACCCGGAGUCGGUAGCAUCCACCAACCAGAUCUCGCUCGUGCAAUGGCCAAUGUACAUGGUGGACUAUGCCGGCCUGAACGUGCAACUCCCGGGACCUCUGAAUUACUAGACCUCAGUGCUGAAUCAGGACCUCACUCAGAAAGACUAAAGGAAAUGUAAUUUAUGUACAAAGUGUAUAUUCGGAUAUGUAUCGAUGCCUUUUAGUUUUUCCAAUGAUUUUUACACUAUAUUCCUGCCACCAAGGCCUUUUUAAAUAAGUAAAAAAAAGAAAAAAAAAGAAAAAAAAAGCAUUGCCUCUGUUCCUGUUACUUGUUCUCUUUUGGAAUUUGUGGCUGCAGCUGCCGUCCCUGGAAUGAGGUCAGGAAGUUUGGCUCAGCUGGUCUGCCCAGGCCUUCCGUCUUUGCCAAGAACAGAGGCCACGGCCCUGAUCACAGGGCCCUGGGUACAGGCUUCAUUCAUUUUGCUGCUGCUGCUGGGGUCACAUGACCUCAGGACGCAGUACCAGAGGCAGGUGAAGUGCAGGGCCGAGCCCCUGGCCUCAGGGAGCGUGCAGUGUGGUGGAGGGUUGUCUUGUCCUGGCCCCAAUAAAAGGUGCCGUCAAGAAGGUCAGAUAUGAUAAGCAGACAUGGAAUCUCCAUAGCUGGAGGGAAGACAUCUUGGAGACGGGGCCUUUGGGUUGGGCCUGGAGAGUUGACAUGGCUUUUGGUUUGUUUUUUAUUUUUUGGCCACGCUGUGCGGCACGUGGGAUCUUAGUUCCCAGACCAGGGAUUGAACCUGCACCCCUUGCUUUGAAAGCAUGGAGUCUCAACCACAGACUGCUCAGGAAGUCCCUGAGGCGGGUUUUUGCUACUGUGUGCACGUGCUCAGUCUCUCAGUUAUGUCUGACUCUUUUUAACCCCAUGGGCUGUAGCCCACCAGGCGCCUCUGUCUUGGAACCUCCAAGCAAGAAUACUGGAGUGGGUUGCCAUUUCCUAUUCCAAGGGAACCCUCCAACUUAAGGAUCGAACUGUGUCUCCUGCAUUUGCAGGCAGAUUCUUUACAGCUGAACCACCUGGAAAGCCCCAGGUUUUUGCUAGAGCUCAGGAUAUUUAAGCAGAGUGGUGGGUCACAGCUACUGGUCAGAAAGACCAGUUUGGUGACAGGUAGAAAGGUGAAGGAAGUGAUGAGACUGGACUUCAGAAAGACAAGUCAAAGGGUCUGGCAGUCAUUCAGGCUUGCCAUACUGGCCACUCCUUCAGUCCUGAUGGGAAAGCCGGGGAAGGACAGGACGCCCUGGAAGCACAUGGCAGGGUGCCUUUACCCAGCACAGACUCAAGAAACGGACUGUUGUUCAGUUGCUCAGUCGUGUCCAACUCUGCGACCCCAUGGACUACAGCCUGCCAGGAUUCCCAGUCCUUCACUAUCUCCCAGAGCUUGCUCAAACUCACGUCCAUUGAGUGAGUGAUGCCAUCCAACCACCUCGACCUCGGUCGUCCCCUUCUCCUCCUGCCUUCAAUUUUUCCAGCAUCAGGGUCUUAGGAGUUGGCAGGACAAAACAGGGAGGGCUGCGGCUGGACACUGUCGUGGGGGAGAGCCACAUGUGCAAAGGCAGGGAGACUGGACUGAGAACCUGGGCGUUCUAGGGACGAGAAGGAGUCGCUGGAGCAGGGGAAGAGUGGCUGGAAGUGAGAUGGAAAGGUAGGCAAGGGUAGUCCACAGGCUGUGCCCUGCAUGUGGUACUAGAUGAGGGGUGAACCUGGGCAGAAAUGCAGCGUGAGCUCUGCUGGCCCAGCCUGGUGCUCUGCAGCCACACUAUCCUUUCCCCCUGGUCCUAGUGGAAGACCUUGUGGGCUGGGCAGAGGUGAGGAGGGACGCUGGUGAGAGCCACAGCACAGAGUGCCAGGGGAGAACCAAGACCAGGUCUGUAUUUUGGAAGGGCCUGGCUUCCCCCGCAGAGAGAGAAGCCAGAGUCCACGUGGGAGGCUCUUGCCGUUGUUCCAGACAGAGCUGGUGGGGGUUUGGGCCAGGUGAAGAAUAACAAGGAGGUCAGCCAACAGGACUUGGAGGUCAAUUAGACGCCAGUGCUGGGGCGUGGAGGGGUCAGGGUGGACUGCGGCGUCCAGCCAGGGUCCAGCAGGAAGCCUACGAUGUGGAGGAACUGAGUCCUGAGUCAGCUAAGUACACAAUCCAAACAGGCCAGGAGCUCCUGCCAGCCCUCUGGGUCAGCCAGUGCUCAGAGCUGAGAGGCAAGGUCCUGUCCCAGCCUUCCAGACUCUCUUCCUCCUGGAAGGACACAAGAAGCAGGAACCACAAACUUGGCAUGCCCCCACCCAGACUUUUCCUCUCUCUGCCACAUUCCAGUGGCCCCGGGACCCGCUGGCGCCCUCCACUCCAUCUUCAGUUCCCUGGCUUUGAGCCCAGUCCGCCUUUAAUCUCCAAGAUCAGGGGAGGGGUGACCCACUACCAUUGACCACCCACCGCACUCAAGGCAUCAACUGCCUAGGAGAUCAAGGACCGCAUGGUAACUGCCACCUUGCCGUCAGACCCUCUCUCCUGGCACUCAGCCUUCCUCCAUCUAAUCCUGUCUCUCCCGGCAUUAAAAAGCCCCCACUGCGUUCCCUCCCCUGCAGCAUUCAGUGCCAACUUCCCGGCCCUCCCUGUCUGUCCCCCUCCUCUGCCUCCCACCCCACAGAUCUGUGCCCUUUUCUUCUCCACGGCAGCCACCGGGCAGUGAGCGCGCCUCCAGCCUGGCCACUGGCCUGCGUCCCUGCAGUCCGGCCGACCCGAGGCUCGGGCCCACCUGGCGCCCCAGCCGCCGGGCUGGCGCCUCCGGGUUGUCUAGACCGGUCCGGGCCUCCCCGCCCCCGCGCUCAGAUCUGCGGCCAGAGCCGGAAGUGGCUCCUGCCCGGGGCGGGCGGGGCUCUGCGUGCUGCAGACGGUGCAGCAGGCGGCUGCGCGGAGAGGCGGGGAGCCCCGGGGAAGGGCGCUGGAACCCCGAAAGGCCGGACUCUCCGCCUUUGUCAUCUUUCGGACGCAUGCAAAUAGGCGGGUUGGUGCAGCGAAACUUCGUGCCUUGGUGCCAGGCUUCAUUGCAGAAAUAAAGGGGAUCCCCCUUCCCAAGUCAAAGCUUUUGAACCAA